CUGGUUCUGUAAUCAUAGAUAGAAUAUUUCCGACUGAUAGAUUUUUCUAUGAGUUGAGUCUGGCAAGUCAGGCUCGGUAAACAAGAUGGAGCGCAAUCCCGAACUGCAACGUGUUCUAGCAGCGCUUAACAGUUACUCUUCGACACCAUCAAAUACUCCUCCACCUAGCGACACCACUCUCGAGCAGCAACCGCCUCAGGUCCAUCCGCCAUCGACUAGCACUUUUAUUCCAGGCCUGGGAUUCCUGCCUUCAAAUCUAAGCCAAGACAAGCCUAUCACCCCACCUCCUGUUCAGCGACAACAGACUGCAUUUCCGCAACAGAGAUUGACGAGGGAACAGCCCGCGGAGCUCCCCAGCAAGUCUGCAACUCCUACAGUACCAGACCCAUCUACCAUAACAACGUGGCCCGCAGCACUGAAGCACGUAACCCGUCAUCUCGUACCAAACGAACAGGCAGCCAAUCGCAUCAGACAUCUGAUAUCGGAACAGCACAAGCAUGAGCGGCAAUGGUGGGCUGGACGUGAAGCAAUCGUGGCGAGGCAGCAAGGUAGAGCCGGGACCUCACAGCAGGUUGCUGCUUUGUUGAAAUCUCUGGGCGGAAAAGAGGUCCCUAUGGCUUCAUCGGAUCCGAGAGCUGACCAGGCUGAGCUGGAAGCCUACGACAAGAAAGUGUACGCAGGACUACUGGCGAUGGCGGCGGAUUUUGACCGACAGUUGAGAUCCAUCGGGGUACCAUUCUACGCCAUAAAACACGACCUGGUAGUUCUGGAAGAAGGACCAGAAAAAGCUGGAGCCACAAAAGGGAGAAUCGACAGGGGAGAACUACGAGAGUUACAGCAGAAAAUGUUGCAGACUUUGGAGGACCUCUUUGCUGACUGAUCGGCGAUGAAGCGAAAGCUCAUGUUGAGUUUAUGAAUGAUGAAAUCUCAACACAAGCGUGCACAUGAGGAUUGGAUGACUAUCACGACCUAUGCCUCGAGCUCGAGGUAAAUGCCAGCCUAAGGUCCAACGCCAUGGUUUUGUCGCGUCGUGUCAUGAGAACCCGACUUUAGAGUCCAUGAUCCUUCCGCUAUUAUUGCAUG